UAAAAACAAACCCAUGAAUAAAAUGAAGAAAACAAGUUCUCCAACAAUAAUUUUCCUUCAUUUGUUCAUAUUAAUCAUAUUGAUUCCACCAAUCCAAUCCACUCUCUCACACACAAGUUUGCUAGAACAAAUAUGUCGUCAAUCACCUCAUUACCACCUAUGUACAAUAACUUUAAGAUCAUCAAUUAAUCAUAGAUCUAAAGAAGACAUUGUUGGAUUUGCUCGUUUAGCACUUAGAAUUGUCAAUGCCAAUGCUACAAUAACUAUAGAUCAUAUAAAAAAGGGUUAUGUGCAAACCACUAGCCUAAUGGAAAAAGAGGCUUUGAAAGAUUGUCUUGCUUUAUACAACAUGAUAGUUAAUGUACAUCUACUCGAGGCUCUAAAUGCUCUUAACAAACGUGAUUAUAAGAUUGUUAAGCAAAGAGCUUAUGUAGCUGGUAUACAAGCGGAGACAUGUGAUUACAAGUUCAAAAACUCAAGUAGGAAGCCUUUAAAGGAUACCAACCGUUAUGUGCAAAAUCUAUGCGCUAUUAUUAUGUCUAUUGUUAAUAAAUUGAUUUUGACAAACCAACCAACUUCUAGUUAUUAGAAUUGUUAUUUUUGUGCUUUUGUAAUAUGUGCAUUUUUAGAUUGUAAAGUCACGAGUCAUAUAUAGGCCACUAAAUUUUUAUUUUUAUUUUGGUUUCCUUUUUUAUCCUUACAAACAUGUUUAAACCUUUUA